UUCGUAAACCUGCACCGGUAAAUUAAAAUGACUAAAAGGGCUAAGCAAGCGUGGAGUAGCGUCAUCAAGAAUAUACUCGGAGUAGACAGUGCUAUAGAAAGAGCUAUGGUGUCGACUGCUACUAACGUUAACGCUAGGAUUAAAGGAAUCACACCAAGUGGAAGGAAAGAAAUUUCAAAGGAUAAAAAAUAUAUCCAGGCAUUUUUCUUUGAAGAGCUCUGUUCCCGCCUUGGUGUUGACUCCGAUACACAGGUUCUUAUGAACGAGAGAGAACAUCCGAUCAUGGUAAAGAAUUUCACCAAUACAACGUUGGAUAUCGUUAUUACGGGGGCUUACUCGCCAUUUUGUGAGCAGAAGACAAAUAAGACGAGAGUGGUGGUACAAAUCCAUGCCCGGCCGAACAUGGGAGCAGUGAAAGACGAUUUGAUACGACUUGGGACUUUGCACAGCAGGGAGGGAGGUUGUGACUAUUGUUACAUGUUUGUCUGCGGAGAAGUCAGAGAACUGCGCACAUUGGAAAGGCAGGCACAAGAAGACGAGAUUGUGUUGCUUGUUAUGCCGGGAGAGAAACAUGUCAAAAUCCACGUGGAGUCCCUGAACAUAGCGUCUGAACCAAUCAGAGUUCGAGACUCAAGCGCAGAAAUCGUUGGCUGCAGACUAUGGAGGAUCACUGCUUGGAAACCACCGAAAAGGGGGGACAUUGGAUUCGUGAGACAGGAAAACAUCGACAUUGUUACGUCAUCCGAAAGUGAGAGAGAAAAUCGUUCGGAAGAGGAGAGAAAAGUUGAAACGGAUGAGGGAGAAAUGAGUGACACGCCCACAAUCAAAGACGGCGAAAAAUAAUGAUGACGUCACAAACUUAUUGAUGACGUCAUACAUAAAAACAAUGCAAAACAAAAACACUACAAUGACGUAAUAAACGAAGUUAAAAAAUUUACUUUAAAAUUACGUAAUGAAUAUGACAUCACCAUGUUGACCUAAUGACGUCACGAAUAUAAACUUUGCCAUAACUGCCUUGAUAUUUGCACAAUUUUUUUUUUCAAGCCUAAUUUUUCUGUCAGUAAGAAUAUUUAGUUUUGCGUGAAUAUUUAGAAUAUUUAUACUAGCUUGCUUUAAGAGAAUAAAAUGAAAGGUAGCUUUCGCGUCCAAAUGAUA